GUCAACCACCUCGGUAGCUUGCUAGCCAACAUAGCCGAAAGAUUCAAGCUAUUUAUACGCUUUCGGUGUAUAUUAGCUACUGUGUUUUCGACACACUUAGGUCGUAUCUACUUGUUAACCUAUUUAAUUUAAUAUUACGUUAUUUUGUAUUAGUCAGCUAUAGUAGCUGGCUGGUUAAGUUAGCACUAGCCUAGUCGCUAAUGAUAGCUAGCUAGCUAACAUCCCCGACCAUGAGCUCCCUAAACUACUCCCCUCUUGUUAAAGAAGAGGUGAUCUGCUGGACGGAGAAAGAAGCUCUGGGGCUGAACAUUGUCGUGAAAGAGGAGAAGGAAGAAGAGGAUAUCACAGUAAAACAAGAAGUAGAGGGUGAGGCUGUUACAGUGAAAGAAGAAGAGAAAGACGUUACAGUGAAAGAAGAUGAAGACGCGUUCAGAGUGAAAGAGGAGGAGGGUGUUACAGUAAAAGAAGAGGAGGAAGAGAAAGAGGUGGAGGAUGUUACAGUAAAAGAAGAGGAGGAUGUGAAAGAGGUUACAGUGAAAGAAGAGGAAGAUGUUACAGUAAAAGAAGAGGAGGAAGAGAAAGAGGAGGAUGCAGUUUUUGGUGUGAAAGAGGAGGAGGGGGAGAUUACUGUCACAUUGGAGGAAGAAGAGGAGGUUGGAGAUCCGUUUAACCCCAGAGAGAUACGGGACUAUCGUGGAUCCUCUGGGGCGCCUCAACAACCUCAUGAUGCUGACGAGGCAGAGAAGAGUCUCUCCAGAUCAGAACGCCUCAAUAAACACCUGCAGAGAUCCACAGGGAAGAGAACUCACUGCUGCUCUGACUGUGGGAAGAGAUUCACCUCAUCAGGCAUUAAAAUUCAUCAAAGGAUCCACACAGGAGAGAAAUCUUAUAGCUGUGAUCAAUGUGGGAAGAGUUUUACUAAAUCUGGCUCUCUGACAGUACACCAGAGAAUACACACAGGAGAUAAACCUUAUAGCUGUGAUCAAUGUGGGAAGAGUUUUGUUACAUCUAGCAAUCUGACUAUACACCAGAGAACACACACAGGAGAGAAACCUUAUAGCUGUGAUCAAUGUGGGAAGAGUUUUGUUACAUCUAGCAAUCUGACUAUACACCAGAGAACACACACAGGAGAGAAACCUUAUAGCUGUGAUCAAUGUGGGAAGAGUUUUACUACUUCUGGCUAUCUGACAGUGCACCAGAGAACACACACAGGAGAGAAACCUUAUAGCUGUGAUCAAUGUGGGAAGAGUUUUUGUCAAUCUAGUGAUCUGACAGUGCACCAGAGAACACACACAGGAGAGAAACCGUAUAGCUGUGAUCAAUGUGGGAAGAGUUUUACUACUUCUGGCUAUCUGACAGUGCACCAGAGAACACACACAGGAGAGAAACCUUAUAGCUGUGAUCAAUGUGGCAAGAGUUUUACUACUUCUGGCUAUCUGACUUUACACCAGAGAACACACACAGGAGAUGAACUUUAUAGCUGUGAUCAAUGUGGGAAGAGUUUUGUUAAAUCUGACCAGCUCACAGUACACCAGAGAAUACACACAGGAGAAAAACCCUUUAGCUGUGGUCAAUGUGGGAAGAGUUUUACUACAUCUGGCUCUCUGACUGUACACCAGAGAACACACACAGGAGAGAAACCUUAUAGCUGUGAUCAAUGUGGUAAGAGUUUUGGUCAAUCUUGCCAGCAGACUGCACACCAGAGAACACACACAGGAGAGAAACUUUAUAGCUGUGGUCAAUGUGGGAAGCGUUUUGGUCAAUCUAGCCAGCUGACAUUACACCAGAGAACACACACAGGAGAGAAACCGUAUAGCUGUGAUCAAUGUGGGAAGAGAUACUCUGGUAAAAGAUCUCUGAUCAAACAUCAGAAAAUACAUGAAGGAGUUUUUUCAUGAUAUCAAUGAAAUAAUUAAAUAAUGUCACAAUGUAGAUUAUUUUAACAUUGUAGUAGGAGUAUUUUGUAAUGAAUGUCAAUGUAGAACCCUAAAUGUUUGCCCCCUGUUCAAUUGAUUUUAGCCUCAGGGAAAAAAUCCAGGCUCUGAAUUGAAAGAGUUAUUAUUUAUGUGAUUUAACAAAAAGUGACUAACAAAAAAGAGUUGUGUUACACUUACCACGUUGGUGACCCACUUGAAUCACAAUGUAGCUAGCUGUUUACCACGUUGGUGACCCACUGGAAUCACAAUGUAGCUAGCUGUUUACCACGUUGGUGACCCACUGGAAUCAAAAUGCAACACUUCAAACUGUUUCUGCAUAUUGGUUAUUGAUUUGGACACGUUAAAACUGUGUUUUGACAUUGCACUAUUCCCAUUUAUCAAAAUGUCAUUCUAAAGACGUUGAAAAUAAGACUAUGCCUGACGUCCAAUAUACGUUCUGUCCAGUAUAUGUUCUGUCCAGUAUAUGUUCUGUCCAGUAUAUGUUCUGUCCAGUAUAUGUUCUGUUGGAGUUGAAAGUGAAAGUUGAAAAGAUGUCUUUUCGGGUCGAUUUUUUUCAAUGACUUGAAAACUGCUUAAUUUCAACGUACUUGCAGCCGAUACACCUAUAAUCAAUUUUUAUUAACAAUCUGACAUCACUCCAGUAUUUCUUUACAACAUUCAAAUGCUAAUUGUCUUUAUUCCACUACUGAAGAAGCAUGACCCAAAUCACCUCAUAUAUUCAAACAUUCAGCCUGACAAAGUAUACAUGUUUUAUUAUUCCAUGCCUCACCAUUAAGUUAAUUAUUGCCAAUACAUAUUAACAAAGGGGUGAACAUUUGGUUUUGAUAUUUCAUAUUAUGUAACAUUUAGUAAUCAUAGUUAUUCAUGCAACCAACUUGACAUUUUUGGGUACAAUUAUAUUGACAUUGUUACCCUGCUUUUAUAUGCAACAACAUGCCUAUCUAGUGAACCCUGAAAAGAGAGAGAAGCUCAGCAGUGAGGUGGAAAGUUACUACGGAUAUCGCAGGAGUUUCCUCUUGAAAUCAGACACGUCUGUCAUAAGGACAACUUGGUUGCUGAUUAUCUCAAGGGUGGGCAGUCAAAUAGGUUUGUGUUUUGCAUUUAGCCAGUGAGUUACCAUGGUCACAAUUUAUUCUGACACGUUUUUCUGUGUUGGAUAUUAGUUUUAUCUCUUAUUCUUUUCUGUAUUUUUUAACUGCACUGUUGGGGGCUCGUAAGUAAGAGUUCCAAGUGUUGUAUCCGGCGCAUGUGACUAAUACAAUUUGAUUUGAGUUUUGUUUGGGCUCGUUCCAAGGGGACGAGAGUUCUAGAAGCUAGUGAGUUUUAGGAAGACGAGAGUUCUAGAAGCUAGUGAGUUUUAGGAAGACGAGAGUUCUAGAAGCUAGUGAGUUUUAGGAAGACGAGAGUUCUAGAAGCUAGUGAGUUUUAGGAAGAUGAGAGUUCUAGAAGCUAGUGAGUUUUAGGAUUCUAUGGAAAGAAAAAUGAUUAAAAAAAUAAUACGAUUGUAUAUUAUUAUUUAGAAGAACGUGUUUUUUCUUGUUUUUAAUUGUUGACAGCCAGUAGACACCAUGUUUAUAUUGUAGAAGGUGAAGCAUUGUAGAUGAUUAUGUGAAAUGGAAGUUGUAGAGAUACUCUGAAUGAUUGGCUAUGAAAAGCUAACUGACAUUUACUACUGAGGUGCUGACCUGUUACACCCUCGACAACUACUGUGAUUAUUAUUAUUUGACCCUGCUGGUCAUCUAUGAACAUUUGAACAUCUUGGCCAUGUUCUGUUAUAAUCUCCACCCGGCACAGCCAGAAGAGGACUGGCCACCCCUCAGAGCCUGAUUCCUCUCUAGGUUUCUUCCUAGGUUCUUGUCUUUCUAGGGAGUUUUUCCUAGCCACCGUGCUUCUACACCUGCAUUGCUUGCUGUUUGGGGUUUUAGGCUGGGUUUCUGUACAGUACUCUGUGACAUCAGCUGAUGUAAGAAGGGCUUUAUAAAUACAUUUGAUUGAUUGUACAACUGAAUGCAUUCAACUGAAAUGUGUCUUGGGAGCACUGAUUGGUGUCACCUCGUUAGUCAGUAUGUGUUACACCUGUGCUGGCUUGUCCAUCUCGUUAGUGGGAAGGUGUUUCACCUGAGCUGGUCCAGGUUCUAUUUAAGAGUGUCUGGCCCAGUGCUCCAGUUGUCUUGAUAGAUGUGGAGAGUCAACACCUUUAGUUGCUCCACCUUUUUUGUUUGCUUCCUGUCUUUAAGUUUGGUGUGGGUUUUUCUUUUGUUUGCCUCUUCUUGGGCAGAUUUAGUGGGUCUCAUGGUGGGUGUCUUUUAGGUCCCAGUUGUUGUUACUAGUCAAAUUCCAGUGGACACCCCCAUAGUGUCUUUCAGAGCCCCUCCUAAAAAACAAGCUAAUAUUUUAGGUUGGGUAUUGCAUCCAAUUAAUAUUUUAAUCAAUGGAAUUUCCUUAGAAUGUUCAUUAGUCUUUCAGUUGUUAAUCUUAUGCUGUGUACUAAAUAUUUCUGUUAUUUUUUCAGUUUUUUCUUCCUGUGAAGCCAUUGUGUUGCAUGUCUGAAAUGUGCUGUAUAAAUAAAGCUUAAUUUGAUUUCAACAAAUGAACCCAAUGACCAAUCAACAGACUGA